CUCGAGUUCGGCUAUUCGGACGAGUACAUCUACUGCGAGUGCGGCUGGAGCUCUUACUACAACUACGCGUUCCGAUGCAACAGUUGUUGUUCGCGAGAGAGCGAUUGGGUGUAUCAUGAGCCUGGCGCUUUGCUUAGCUUCCUCAAGAAUCUUCAGAAGCCUGAUGAUGUCAAUAUUCUUAUCCUCGGAGAGACCGGCGUUGGCAAGUCCACAUUUAUUAACGCCUUUGUCAACUACCUGACAUUUGAAAAGCUCGACGAAGCAAUCGAAUGUAAUCAUUUCAACUGGGCUAUCCCGACUUCGUUUGCAGUUCAGAGAAUGAACAGGUCGCGCUCUGGUGAUGAGAUCGAGGAAGUCAAGAUCAUGGUAGGUUCUUCCCGGAAUGAUGAAGCGGAUGGGAGUAAAGGAGCAUCUGCUACACAGGAAACAUCCGUUCACUCCAUUGCCAUUGGCUGUCACACUAUUCGCUUGAUUGAUACUCCUGGUAUCGGCGAUACUCGGGGUGUUGCGUAUGAUGAGAAGAAUAUAGCUGAUAUCCUCAAUACGCUGCAGAGCUAUAAUGAGCUGCAUGGAAUCUUGUUUCUUCUUAAGAGCAAUAGCGCUCGUCUUACUGUUACCUUCAACUUCUGUAUGAAAGAACUGCUCACUCAUCUUCACCGCAGUACAGCUAAAAAUAUGGUUUUUAGCUUCACUAACACUCGCAUAUCAAACUAUAUGCCUGGAGAUACCUUCGGCCCUCUGAAGGCGCUGCUCAGUCAGCAUUCCGACGUUGGCCUGCAUUUAACCACGGAGAGAACCUAUUGCUUUGAUUCCGAGGCCUUCAGGUAUCUAGCUGCGCUCAAGCAAGGUGUUCCGCUGCCGAAUAAGCAGGAUUUUGAUCUCAGCUGGGAACGCUUACGGGAAGAGACUCUUCGAUUAAUCGAGCAUUUCAAAUCAAGCCCACUGCAUCGCAUCCAGAAUACUAUCAGCCUGAAUAGGGCCCGGCAGCUCAUCCUGGAGCUCACAAAGCCCAUGGCGGACGUUGCACAGAUGAUCCGGGUUAAUAUGGCGCGAUGUGAGGACCAGAAAGGGGAACUGGAGAAUCUACGCCUAUCCGGGGAGGAUCUGCGGAGACGAUUAAAUCUACAGAGGACACAAUUCAGAGCUAUACCAUUGGAUCGCCCCCGAACCGUCUGCAAGAACCAGCACUGCAUCGAAGUCCAGGAUGAUGGCACCGGAACCGGCACAGUCGUUACUGACUAUAAGACACAUUGCCACACGGCAUGCUACUUGUCCAAUGUACAGAUCGAACGCGUCGCUGAUCCGGGUCUGAUAAAUUGCUAUGCGAUGGACGAGAGUGGCAACUCUCGCGGCGAUGCUUGCAAGCAUCAUUGGAUGGAACAUAUGCACGUCACAGUCGAACUGCAGGAAUAUACUGCGACCAUAUUAGACCCUCAGAUCGAGAAGCAGCUCAAGUCGCACGCUGACGACACCACGCUCCGGGCCACAGCGAUCAACCAGAUCAACAAGGAAGUCAGCGAGUAUCAGAUGGAGCACGAGAAGAUCCGUCAGGCGGCUGCGGAAUUCGGCCUCUUCCUCCAAAAGCACUCCAUUACGGCGUACAAUGAUGCGACCCUGGCGUACCUCGACAUGCUCAUCACGGACGAGGAGACCAAGAUUCACGCCGCAAAGAAAAGCCGCCUCUCGGCUCUUGAGAACGAACGCCGCCUCGCAAAUCUUCAGGAGGACGGCCGCCGCCAUGAGGAGCUCGUGAAAACUCUGACGGCUACCAUGAGCCGUCGCGGAGGCUCAAGCGCGGUUAUGGACCAGGCCGAUGUCGACCGAAGGAUCCAGGAGCUGUUUGGUCUGAAGCACUUCGGACAACAGCUUCGCGACGUGAAGGAUACACUGGUCGCCGCCCACAAUGCUACGUAUCGUGAGCGACCAUACCGUGUCCGCAUGGGCGGAGGAGUGGGCCUCGGUGCUGGUUUGAGGAAUGUGUACGGUGUGGGCCCAACAGUCAAUAACAACAGGAUGAGACCAUAUGCGAAAGAACCGUCGAGAAGGGCAGACAGCGUGUCUCUGCGCUCAAGUCCUUCGUCAUCGGAUGAGUCAUAA